AAAGGACGCGUAAAGUCGUUGAAUGUGUCAGUUCCAUAAACGAGAAGGAAGCGACAGUGAGUGUGCUUGAACAUGUGGUGCUCUUGAAGAGGUUUUUGUAUCAGUUCCAUUCAUGAAGCACAUAUAUUGGACCAAGUUUGGGCGGAUGCUUGCAUUGUGCGGUGUUGUUGCCUUGAUGGUCCCCACAUGCACGCGUUGUGGACUGAUCCCAACAAAUCGAAAUAUUAUGCAAGACACGUUGUUGGUACUGGAUCAAGUGAAGAUAUCAUAUAAUGAGGUUGUCUUGCUGGGAAGUGACAGGUUCCCACGGGAGUUUGUUCCUCGAUUUGGAACGCAAUCGUUGAAGGUGAACGGUAAAUUCCUAUCUAAGGGGAACAAGCACUCGAAAAUACUUUCCCUAUGGUUUGUGAACUCUUUGCAUCAAGUGCCGAGGGAUUGUAGGAAUGUAAUCCCCAUUGCUGCAAGGACCAAGAUGCACAAAGCCUCUCUGGUCAUUGGGACCAAUGAGGAAAUGGUUCCAUCCAUUUUGGUUUGUCUGGGCCAUUCCCUAUCCAUCGAUUCAUCCGUUUUCUUUGUUACAACUCUACCCAACAACACGCAAUUGGUUUUCACUGAGGCUUAUCGGGCCUCAUCCCAAGGGAGUCUAACCACGACCAAGCUGGGCAUUGCUCAAAUGGAUCAAGACUCUAUCAUGAAAUUCAGCUGGCUCCAAAACCCUUUUGUGUGGAAGAGAAGAAACAAUCUGGAACGACAAGAGUUCUCAUCCAUCACCGGUCCCUGGGCACCUUUCAUAAAUGAGAUCCAAACCUCCAAGAUCAACCCAAUGGAUGUCACGUUUGUGGAUGGUAUUUACGUGGACGCCAUGAGAAGUCUAGGCGAGACUCUGAAUUUUACCACCAGAAUCCAGUUCAAUGCCAAUUAUUCUUGGAACCAGAUGGUGGAAAAAAUUUCAAACGGCAGCAGUUUUAGUAUUGGGCUCACAGGGUUCUCUCAAACCUUGGAGCGAUUCCUCAUCACGGACUUUUCCAUCCCGUUCUCGUCCACGACCGUUCGCAUUCUGUACCCAGCAGAUAGUGAUCGCUCUCCUUUGCAUAUCUACAUGGGAUCAUUCUUGGUUGAUGCUUGGGGAGGGAUCGCAUGCUCACUCUUGACCUGUUUUGUGGUUCUCUGUUCCUUUGCUUGGAUGCAGAAGCUGUCCUUCCAAACCGAGAGGAAAUUGGAACUGUCCAUUUCCUUUGCACUCGUCUUUGUCCUUUUGUCUCAUCUGGGAAGACGAGUCCCCCGGGAGCCCAAAGCCAACUCUUUAAGAUUGGCAUUCUUUUCAAUCUCUUUUGGAGGAUUCAUCCUAAUCAGUCUUUACAGGGCCAUGCUCGGAGCCUCAUUGGCAGUGAAGAUCCACCAGCCUCCAAUUAGGUCCAUGGAAGAACUGGUUGUCUCGGACCUAUCUGUCCUUAUCAGUCAAGGCACAUCAGUCUACAAAUAUUUUUCUACCGCCAUGCCCUCAACACCCCAAUACGAGCUAUUUCACCAGAAAAUAAGAGGCCACGAGGAUCCCAACAGUCCGGAUGAAAUGGAAAUUUUAAACAAAAUGGCACAGGGUUUGCUACCUAAAUCCAUCUUGAUUGGUGUCUAUCAGCCUCUUUCUGUGUCUCCAAGUUACCCAUGUCAAGUGCGGAGCUUGCCAAAAGACUUUCGAACUGUUGGAAAUGGUCUGGUGUUUAGGAAGCACUGGCCUUACACGGAGCUCUUCAAUCAUUACCUUCUGGAGAUGAAAGAGAGGGGAGUGUUCCAGCAAUUGGAACAAAAGUGGUCCACUGUACAAGACGUGUCCACGUGCUUUCCCCAAGAAUCGCGCAAGAUCGAGGCCAGUAUGGAACAUGUGCUCACCUUAUUUGGCGUCUGGUUCGUGGGCAUCCUUGUCAGUGGUUGUGCCUGUUUUGGCGAGAUUAUUCUAAGUAAAGUCAGAGACAGUCCUUUACCUCAUCCAGGAGGUCCUUGAUCAUGCCGUUCCAUUGACCUUCAGCAUUCACUGAUCCAUAACCAUUGGUCACCUUGAUCGUAUAAUUGAAGCCCACAAUGCUCGAAAUUUGGUCCGCCAAAUCAAUAAUGAACCCCUCGUAUCGAUCAUUUCCAAGUCUCUGCUUGGCUUUCGAAUCCAAUUUUUCCAUGAUGUAAGGAGAACUCUGAAAAUAAAGUUUCAACCCACGU